GAAAAUUGAGGGAAAAAACCCCGAAAUUUCGGUGGAAAAAUCGGGAAUUUUCCCCGGGACGAGAUUCCCAACCCCUCUGGAAUUCCCAGAGAAGCACGAGUGGCUGCUGGGCCCCGAGGUGGACGCGCUGCCGCCGCUGCUGCUGCCGCUGGCCGGCCCCGAGGAGCUCCCCGAGGACGAGAUGGAGCAGCUUCCCGUGGAUCUGCAGUACCUCCCGCCGGAGCACCGCAGGGAAGAGGAGCCCGAGAUCCGCAAGAUGCUGCUGGAGACCUUGAUGCUGGUGGGGAGUUUGGGGGUUCCCUGAGGAGUUUUGGGGGUUCCCUGAGGAGUUUGGGGGUUUGAUGUGUUUUUGGGGUUC